UCAAUAGUCGCGGGCUACUUGAACUGAGAAAAAGUAACAUAUAUCUAGCUGCAUGCUCUGAGAAACAGGGGAUUUUAUUUAGUUAGCAGAUUGGGCGAUCGGUUAAUGUAUAACAUUUUGUCAAACAGCAUGGCCAGCUAAUGUCGGGUUUUCAUGCAGAGGAUUUUGGUGCAUCAACGUUCCAGAUAGGGUUUUAAAUUUGAAGCUCCGACUUUUGCUAACGGUACGUUGUUGUCAUCUCAACACGUCAGACUUGUGCGAUAACUAGCUAGCCUCUAGUUGUGCUUUCAUUUUGACUUGUUUGACGUUAGUGAGCCAGGAACGGAGGACAACAUGUCAGGAUCAAACCAAGGACACGGAAGCGCGGUUGAUGUUCCACUGCCAGAAUACCAAAACCAGGAAAAUAUGUUGUCCGGACAAAGGGGUACACUCAAAAACCGGGUGGACAACCAGGAGAACAUUGUCCCCAAAGCACCACAGAGAACUGUCCUGGGAGCCUUGCAAAACAACAAACGCAGCAAACCUCAAACUCUGCGCGGCACAAAACAGGUGCUGUCCUGCGAAAAUGAAAUACCUAAAAGUUAUUCAGAGAAGCUGGGCAGCAAGCAGCCUGCUUUCCAGAUUCAUGUGGAUGAGCCUGAUGGUGCCUGCUCCAAGAAACCGGUGUCCCUCAAGGCCAAGCCCUCCACAGAGAUUUCCUCCCUGAAACUGAACCCAACAGUUACCCUUCUAAGGCAGCCUCUCUCCUCUCUUGACAUAACAGCAACAUGUGUGUCUAACAUGAAUGUUAGUUUUGACGAUUCUCCCAUGGAUAUGUCAGUUAUUGAAGGUGAUGAGAAGCCAGUGAACGCGGCAACGGAGUAUGCUUCAGAAAUACACACGCAUCUAAGAGAAAUGGAGGUUAAAUCCAGACCAAAAGCAGGCUACAUGAAAAAGCAGCCAGACAUCACCAACAGCAUGCGGGCCAUCCUCGUUGACUGGCUGGUGGAGGUUGGAGAGGAGUACAAGCUCCAGAACGAGACGCUCUACCUUGCAGUGAACUACAUCGACCGUUUCCUGUCUUCCAUGUCAGUCCUGCGGGGGAAGCUGCAGUUGGUUGGGACCGCUGCAAUGUUGUUGGCGUCGAAAUUUGAAGAGAUCUACCCCCCGGAGGUCGCAGAGUUUGUUUACAUCACGGACGACACCUACACGAAGAAGCAAGUGUUGCGAAUGGAGCAUCUGGUGCUGAAAGUGCUCUCCUUUGAUCUGGCCUCUCCUACCAUCAACCAGUUUCUCACUCAGUACUUUCUCACCCAGCCUGUCGGCAGCAAGGUGGAGAGCUUGUCGAUGUUCCUAGGGGAGCUCAGUCUAGUAGACUCAGACCCUUUCCUGAAGUACCUCCCCUCUCAGACUGCUGCGGCCGCCUUAGUUUUGGCAAACCACACAAUAACAGGAGGCUCAUGGUCCAAGUCUCUGGCAGAGGUGACUGGCUACUCUUUAGAAGACCUGAUGCUUUGCGUAGAGGAUCUGCACCAAAUGUAUCUCAACGCUGCUACGCAUGCACAGCAAUCAGUGAGGGAGAAGUACAAGGGCGCAAAGUACCAAGAGGUCUCUCUCAUCGAGCCCCCAGAGAAACUGUCAUUGAAUUGAUUUUUCUUUCCUUUGCUCACCAAUGCUGAGAACUGUUCUAAUUGGGGGUGUUUUCUCCGCACAUUAAUUUUUUUACUACACGAGACAUAUUGCCAAAAUGUGUAACUGAACCCAUGGCAUCAAUCUUCUGUGGAUGUGGGCUCAAUUUAGUGAGGUUUUUUUAUAUGUACAAUCCUGUAGGAUUGUGUUUUAUGCUUGACGCAACCCUGAGCUUUGUAAUGUUAAUCAAGCUAUGUCAUGUUUGUCUGUUCUCACUAGACAAAUGUGGUUUUUAACUGCUAAAAAGCUGUAAAGAUGCAUCUUUCCCUGUCUGCAUUCUUGUAAUAAAACUGCAGCUUAUAUUUUCCCCACUGAAACUAAUAGACACACUUGUGAAUAUUUCCUGACAAAUCUUUCCCCAGACUAACCGUGUUUGGGUUUUCUAUGACUACUUGACAUUUUCUAUGGGCUGUACUGAAUUAUUAUUAUUUUUUCACAAAUGUAUUCUAGCCAAGGUUGGAAGCUUAAGUCUAGUUUGGCUCAACAUUCUGCAGGACAGUCUGCUGUUUUUAAAUCACUUGCCUCAUUCAAAGGUAUGUGUGUUGUUGGGAGUUCACUGGUUAUCAAUCAAGGCAUCAUCUGCGCUGUAAAAUAUUUCUUGUAAAUAAAUUCCAUUCCCGCAAA